AGGGGAUGGAAGAACUUGGGGAGGAACUCGGGGAUCUCCUCACCUGAGCAAGAGAAAAAGCGAGCGUGGGACGGUGCGGCGGUCUGACCGCGUUAUCCGUGGGCGUAUUAAGUCCCACAAAAUACUCAAUUCGGCCGAAAAAGCGCGCACUCUUGUUUCCUCCCAGCGCACACAACAUGCAAGCUGAAAUAAGGAUUCUUUUAACGCUUCUACCGCUGAUAGCUUGUGUCUACUCCAAAUCUCUAAACGCCCGUGGAAAUGCAUGGAAGUCAGGACACAAAAAACAUAGGCACAAUACAGAAUUCGCUUGGGACACGGCACUUAAGAAGCGAGAACAAUUUUACAAUACAAUUCCAGAUGAAUGCUGCCCAUCUGUCACAGAAAUAUUCCAACCACUUGGCGGAGUUGCUAAAAAUGGACGAUUUCUGGAGUUGUACCGAGGUCAAAAUUCGACGCAAAGUUUUUACCAAACAUCCUGUAAAGAAGGCGUUAAAGGUAAAGCAUGCAAGUAUGUGCAGCAUAACCAUCAUGUGCACUCCAUGUGUGUUCAGAGAUACACGUACACUUAUGCAUUAGUGCGAGAAUUCAAUUCUGAUUUACCUUGGCGAAUGGAUUACAUUAGAAUACGUAGUGCGUGUACUUGUGAAAUACGAGCGCGAGUUCCAGAUGAUUAUUUUUAUGAUAGAACUCUUGGCUCAGAAGAGGAAUUUUGAUAAAGUCUUGUUGUGUUUAGGCAAAUUAAGACGCUCAAUAGCGUUUAUUGUAAAUCUAGUCAAUUGUGUGAAUCCUUGCAAAAGAAGUGAACGCUGCAAUGACGAGAAAUAUGCCGCAACUUUUCGUACCCGAAAACAUAAUCGAUAAUAAAACCCUAUUGAUGAGUGAUAAGUAUUUCGUUUAGAAGCUAAUCAAAUUUCCUUUUCAUAGCAUCAAAGAUUCUUUUUUUUUCGCGUUACAUGGCACCGAAGAAGUAUAACCCGAAAAUUUUAAAUUCAAAAUCUUACUUUAUAUUCAGGACUGUAAAAUUAUCUUUUGAAGUUUUAGAAACAUGAAACACAUUUUUUAAAUUGACAUCCUUAAUAUUUAGUACUAAGCUGAUUACUAGUUUUUUUAACGGAAAAAGUUAAUGUUAUAGCUUUUACUAUUGCCAGGACUGGAAGAAUGAACUUUAAUUUUAAAUUUCAAUUUUGAAGAUGUGACAAAAUAAAAAAAAAUAAAAAUGAAUAUAAAAACGUUUUUUCUUUUUUUUUGCAGGAAAUAAAAUCGUAAAAAAUUAUCCAAGGUUAAAAAAAAAUUUCUGAACUUUCUUAACAUCAUUAGUUAAACUCGAUUUGGCGCCUUUUCAAAACCUUGUUGUCAAUCAAUCGACUUCAUUCUUCCAAAUUAAAAUGUAACAACUUUCAUAAUUAAAAUAUUGCGCACAAUUUCAUUUGGUAACUAAAUCUUAUUUAUUAAUCUUUUUAAGAUGAAAAAUUCGAUAAUCAUUAUUGUCAAUUCAGGCGUUGAUCAGAGAAAAAUAAGUGAAUACCACUUGAUUUAGAUAAUUUUGUGAAGUUGUUUAAAUUUAUUCUUAAAACACAAUGGAUAAGUAAUGAAACAUUUCGAAUAAAAAAUUAUUAAGAAGAAUACGUCAGUAUUUACUGCUAUUUGUACCUAUAUUCUCUAAUUUAGAAAAUUCAAUUUUCUCAAUUCAAAAAGCAAGCAAAAUGCUUAAAGAGAUUGGUGUAGUCAAUUGUUUCGAUGUUUAUGGAAUAUUUAGUAAAUUUUGCGGCGUUCACUUUUACGUGUUUGUAUUGUAUGAAAAAAAGCACAAUUCCAUUACUCAUUGAAAAAAUUUUAUUUUUGUGUUCGUUUAUGUAUUUAUAAACUAUUCAUUAUUUUUAAAAUACUAAAGAUCUGAUAAAUGUUCCUACGUUUCUCUUUGUAAACAUUCUUAAGUAUUAUGUCAUCAUAGAGUGUUAAGGUGCAAAUAUUGUGUUAAACGUAUGUUAUUUAUUUUUGUGUGCAAAUGGAAUUCCUACGAUGUAUGUAAAAUGGCUGCUCAUGACUUUUUUUUUUAAAACUUCAUAAAAAUGUUGUGUAAUCUAUUUAUGUUUAUUAAAUAAUUUUAACCUCAA